GUGGCCGCCGCGCGCUGAGGCGCCUGCUCAGUGCGGGACGCGGCGCGCGAGGGGCGGCGACGGGCGCGGGCGCUCAAGCAUGGCGGCAGCGGCGCUGGGCGGCUCUGCGGACUCCACGUCCCCUGCUGUGGCCGAGCUCUGCCAGAACACCCUAGAGACCUUUCUGGAAGCCUCCAAGCUGUUGCUCACCUACGCGGACAACAUCCUCAGAAACCCAAAUGAUGAAAAAUAUAGAUCUAUCCGGAUUGGAAACACGGCUUUUUCUACUAGACUCUUGCCUGUCAGAGGAGCUGUUGAAUGUUUAUUUGAAAUGGGCUUUGAAGAGGGGGAAACACAUCUUAUCUUUCCUAAAAAAGCUUCAGUGGAGCAGCUGCAAAAAAUUCGUGACCUCAUCGCCAUAGAAAGAAGUAGCAGAUUGGAUGGAUCAAAUAAGAGCUACAAAGAAGAAUUAUCUCAGCAAUCUGCAACUAGUACCCAGCUUCCUACAACCCAGUCUUCAAAUCCUAAUGGGUUAACCCAGCAUGCAAGGAACAGUCAAGGGCAGCCAUCAAAUCCAUCAUCUGCUCCAAUGGCUAUUGCUGAUUCAGUCAUUUUCCAAGUUCUUCGGUCCAACAUGCAGCAUGUGCUGGUCUAUGAGAACCUUGCACUCCAGGAGAAAGCAUUGGCUUGUAUCCCAGUUCAAGAGCUAAAAAGGAGAUCACAAGAAAAGUUAUCUAGAGCUAGAAAAUUGGAUAAAGGUACUAAUAUAAGUGAUGAGGAUUUUCUUUUGCUGGAGCUUUUACACUGGUUUAAGGAAGAAUUUUUUCAAUGGGUGAAUGACAUUUUGUGCAGCAAAUGUGGUGGUCAUACUAAGUCUAGAGGUGAAGCAUUGUUUCCCAAUGAUGAUGAGCUGAAGUGGGGUGCAAACAGAGUAGAAGAUCAUUAUUGUGAUGCAUGCCAGUUCAGCAAUCGAUUCCCGAGGUAUAAUAACCCUGAGAAGCUGUUGGAAACGAGACGCGGACGGUGUGGCGAGUGGGCCAACUGUUUCACCCUGUGCUGCCGAGCCCUUGGGUUUGAGGCUCGCUAUGUUUGGGAUUACACAGACCAUGUCUGGACGGAAGUCUAUUCUCCUUCUCAGCAGCGGUGGCUGCACUGUGAUGCAUGUGAAGAUGUCUGUGACAAACCGCUCCUCUAUGAAAUAGGGUGGGGCAAGAAGCUUUGCUAUGUCAUAGCGUUUUCUAAAGAUGAGGUGGUUGAUGUCACUUGGCGAUAUUCUUGUAAACAUGAAGAGGUAAUCUCCAGGAGAACUGAGAUUAAAGAAGAAGUACUUCGAGAAACUAUUAAUGGACUUAAUAAGCAGAGGCAAAAAUCUGUGUCAGAAAACAGAAGAAAAGAACUUCUUCAGAGGAUAAUCGUGGAGCUUGUUGAAUUUAUAUCUCCUAAAACCCCUAAACCUGGAGAACUUGGUGGAAGAAUAUCUGGGUCAGUGGCUUGGAGAGUAGCCCGAGGUGAAAUGGGUCUAGAGAGAAAAGAAACCAUGUUCAUCCCCUCUGAAAAUGAGAAGAUUUCUAAACAGCUUCACCUUUGUUAUAAUAUUGUGAAAGAUCGUUAUGUUCGAGUUUCAAAUAAUAAUCAAACCAUUUCUGGAUGGGAAAAUGGUGUGUGGAAAAUGGAGUCUAUGUUCAGAAAAGUUGAAACAGACUGGAACAUGGUGUAUUUAGCCCGAAAGGAAGGAUCAUCUUAUGCUUAUAUUUCCUGGAAGUUUGAAUGUGGGUCAGUUGGCCUAAAAAUAGACAGCAUUUCCAUUAGAACAAGUAGUCAAACCUUUCAGACUGGAACAAUACAGUGGAAAUUGCAAUCUGAUACAGCGCAAGUAGAACUGUCAGGCGAUAAAACUCUUCGCUCCUAUCAUGAUUUUUCUGGUGCCACUGAAGUUAUUUUGGAAGCAGAAUUAAGCAGAGGAGAUGGCGUUGUUGCUUGGCAACAUACCCAGCUGUUUAGACAAAGCUUAAAUGACCAUGAAGAAAAUUGUUUGGAGAUAAUUAUAAAAUUCAGUGACCUUUGAGAACCUGAACAUUAUAGAAAAGCUGGCAAUAAUCAAGGACUUACCAUGUUCUAAAUUAAUCUGUUGGUUCAGCGCAUGCUUAGUUGGCAAUUUACUACCCUUCUGCUAGCAUGUUUCUUUUGCUGGCUAUCCAUCAUGUAACCCUCGUGAAAAUGUAUCUUUAUACUAUGGACCAUAAUGAAACCUUGCAUUAAAAGCUCCUUUCCAUAUGUGACUGUAAUUUGGAAUAAAGUCUUAUUGCCCCAAUAUGAGAUUUUAAUCUAAAAAGUGUAAAUGCAAUUUUAAAAGUAAAAUGAAGGUAUUCCUGACGAAGGUGUUCAUGAUUAUGAUAAAAUCUUAAGCUAAUAAUAGUAAUUUAAUAUUUUCUGAUCAGUCAUUAAUUUCUUCAUAAGUAAUUGAACUAGAUUUCCUAAGAUUUUUAAUUUUUAAUAAAUGUGAAACUGUUGAAUCUCAUAAUGCAUGAAAAAUUUUAUUGUAAAUAUGUAGGCAUUUAAGAAAUAAAAUGAGUUAUUUUGCUUUA